GAAUAGGGGGAGAGCAAACCGAAGCAGUUGUGAUAGCACACCAGACCUCAACCCAAAACUUCGUUGCUCUAUCCAUGCUCGAUCGUCUUGCUCAGAUUAGGGUUCAGUUAAUCGAUAAAAAUUGGAUUCUGGGAUUGGGUAUUGAAUGGGUGUCAGUGGCUAGAAUCGCAUCAGCAAGUUUCUAAAAUGCCCAAAGAGUUCCGAAGUCUGGAGGGUUUUGGAAGAAGCUGAGACAUACACCUCAGGUCCCAACAAGGCUUUCUCCUGUGUCAGAUCGUAGCAUGUCAUAGCAAUCCUGCAGGAGUUUGGAAAUCCGAAUGGGAGCUCCACGCACAAAGUUUUUUGGGGAUGUGAAGAGGAAAAUCCGAGAUGCGGUUGCUGGAUGGCAAAGUCUGGAUGACGAUGCUCAGCUGAACCCAUGAUGCGGAUGAUCUCAGUUGAAGAGUGGGUUUUGAGGUUUUUGAGGUGGAGCGUCUGAAAGUUUAUGCUCAAGCUUGACACUGUUGAGCGCGGGCAAUCGUUGCUUCUGACCUUGAAUUCCAUGGUUUGUGUGAGUUUCAGUUAGCUUAGGGCGCUCUAGAAUUUGAGUUAUGGCGGACAUGAUAGGUUGGACCAUGCUUAGAGCUUCACGAACUUCGUUGGGUUUUGUGGCUGCACCCUUGUUACAUUUUCAGAAAAUUACGCAUGAGAGAGCGUGGAAAUGUGUAACCGUCUCAACAUCUGCUAGAAUUAGCAUCAGUUGUAACAAUUUUUGUAAAGCUGGGCUGAGUUCUUUGGCGCAAUUUGAGAGGAUUUCCUCUCAACAGGUUCGGGUUCUCUCGUCAGAUUCUAGCUUCUCCCCCCUUGUUGCAUCUGGUGAAAAAGUGGAGGAAGACGCAAGUGGAGUAGGGGCAUUGGAACAUGAACAUAAUGGCGGCCAGGAGGAUGGUAUGAGUCCAUUGAGCAAGUUGUGCAUGAACAAGGUGCCGGAAUACGUGCUGCGAAAGGCAGAAGAGGUGGGGUAUUCUGUGCCCACUCUUGUCCAACAAGAGGCAUUGCCAGUCCUCCUUUCUGGCCGUGAUUGUAUCCUCCACGCACAGACAGGCUCUGGUAAGACGCUGGCAUAUCUCCUGCCAAUUUUUGCAAAGAUUCUUCCUGCACGGGCUGCUGUGCAAGCGAUUGUGGUUGUUCCUACUCGAGAGUUAGGUAUGCAGGUGGCAAAAGUUGCGCGCAAGUUAGCCGGAAAGGGAGGUUCUGAAGAGGACGGCAAGGCGCCAAAGGAGAAAGGUACUGUCAUGGUGAUGACCUUGUUGGAAGGCGGAACCAAUAGUCGUCAGAAAGCCUGGCUCAAGGCGGAGCCACCUCAAAUUGUUGUUGGUACGCUGGAACGAAUCGCUCGCAUGAUUGAAACUAAGAAUCUACGCACCAAUGCUGUCAACACUAUCGUUAUUGAUGAGGUGGAUGCUAUGAUGGGAGCUGCAAAAGAAGGCGGUCAUCUGCACAAGUUGCUAAGUGAGUACACACGUCCCCAACAACGUCAAACCAUACUUGCCAGCGCUACCAUUCCUCAACAUCGGCGGUUCUUGAAUGACUGUAUCCAGAAUAAGUGGGUCAAGGAAGACGUAAUGCAUAUCCAUGUUCGCCCAGAGGAUAAGAUGCCCUCGUAUCUUCAUCACCGUUAUGUGGUCUGCGAGAAGGACGAUAGGUUGCCAGCUUUGUUGUCAUUGCUGCAAUCAGAUGCUCCAAGAGCAGCAAUUAUCUUUGUAAACGAUCAGUCGGAGAAAGCGAAGAGAGCAGGGAACACUCCAACAACAAUAACAGUUGCAGAUUAUAUCGCAAAAAUGAAGUUUUCUUCUGACGAUGCCCUAUGGGAACCACUAGUUCUGGAAGAAGAAUCACACGUCAAUGCUCGUGCUGCUACGCUUGCUGAUUUCCGGGACGGCAGAUGCUUACUAGUAGCCACAGAACUGGCUGCUAGGGGGCUUGAUUUGCCGGAAGUAAGUCACGUCUACAAUUUUGAGUGGCCGCCUUCAGUAACUUCGUACAUCCACCGCGCUGGGCGCACAGGCCGUCAACCAAUUACUGAGGAGCUGGGGACUGUGACGAGCUUCAUAACACCGAAGGAGUUAUUCGUCCUAAGGCGUCUCGAAAAUGAGAUGAUGUUGAAAUUUGAAGCAUUGAAAGUGCAAGGAACCACGUGAGGGAUCAGGGGCGAAUCUGAUCUACAUACUGAUUAUGCUGGCCUGAAUCAGUCCGGCUAGUAAUUGUACUGUUUCAUUUGUAACAAUGCAGUUUUACUGGCAAAUCAA